AUGUCAUCCGCAGCUCGUUUCUGCCUUCUCUUUUCCCUACUUCUCAUCCGAGCCAAUGCGAAUGCCGACUACCGUAGUCCCACAGUGACUUCUGCUCCGAUUCAUGUCUCCGAGUCCGGAUACCAACAUCAGCAGCAGCAGCAACCACCAGUGCUCACCCAGUCGUACAAAGUGCUUCCGGAGCCGCACAACUACUAUCCGUACCCGCAGUACCUGCCGACGAACGCUGGAUACAGUAAUAUUCAAACUGUCGGACGUCCGUUUCAAAUCUACGGAGCCAGUGCUCCAGGCGCGGAAAGCGGUAGCAGCUAUGGGCUUGCGGCUCCUGCUCCGGCUCCAAUUCCACACCGAUUUGUGGCAACUUCUACUCCAACUCCACCCACUCCGCUCCUUGAACAUCAGCACGGUUCUGCUCCGGCGCAUUAUCAUCAUGGUCAAGGACAUCAAGCUGUGGCUCAUAAGCAAGCGGCCCCGGUCCCCUUCAUGAUCGCCUCCAAACCAGUCCUUUCGUACGGCGCCGCCAACCCGUUCCUGGCAAAUCUGCCCCCAGCGCAGGGUGUUUACGGAGCACCAGUUCCGGUCGAUUCUUCUCAUCGAGGUGACGCUAUUCGGGCAUAUUAUGAGCUCAAUUAGUCUGCUUUGCACUAUCUGGAUCCUAAGCCCACCCUCCCCCAACUGUGAACACUAUUUUCCAGGAUACGACGGAUCCGAGCUGUCCUCUGCUUCUCCAGCUGCUCCACCAGCGUUCUCCUCAUCGGUUGACGAUACAUGGGAGGCUUUGGAGGCAUCGCUGGACGCCGAUCCAUCCGCCAGAAGACGUCUUUUUGGCAAAGUCUUCUGA